CGUUUCUGACCGGGUUGAUUUAUCAGUGACACCAAACUUGCUAAGCAGCAGUAGCAGUCUCGUACAUGACUUUUUUCGUUAAGAAGCACAACGUACGGCUUUAUAAAUAUUUUAAAUCAUCCUAUUCUGGAUUGUAAAAUGGAGCCGGCUUGUCGAAAAGACAAACAGAAGCAACAAACACCGACCCGAGGUGACAGAAGCAAACAGAAAUCAGCCCAGCAGGAGCUGAAACAAAGACAGAGGGCUGAGAUUUACGCUCUGAACAAGGUUAUGACUGAACUUGAACAGCAGCAGUUUGAAGCCUUCUGCAAGCAGAUGCAGUCGCAAGCUGAGUGAGAAAACUCAUGCGUGGCCUCUGUCAUACACACAUAGAUGUUGUGACGUUACUGUUAUUUUCAUUAUUCUAAACUCUAUAUUUAUUUUUUAUCCCCCUACAACAGGGGUUUUCAGUCCUGCUCGUGGACACUCUGAGUUACAGUGAGAGUCCAGGAGCGGAAUCGAAAACCUCUGAUCUGAACCACAAUGUAUUGAAGAACGUACACGGUUGCAUUGGUGCUAAGAAUCUAAAGUGUGUGUGCAAUUGUUGGCCUAUCAGAUGUUGAUCAGUAUUUUAUGUUACUGUUACAAAGCUAUGACGACACCAAAAAAAAUGACAUACUGCAUACUAGUCGCAAAAGCGUAGAUGCAGAAUUAAUUUAUUUGACAGAAUGUUGAAUCCGUGUUGGAUUUCGUUUUCUUAUUAUCAAUACUCUGUGACUUGCCAGUUUUGAUGAACAAAACAUUUUUAUAUGACAUGCAGUUUUUGUUUUGCUAAAUAGGUGUAAUGAUAUGGUUAUAUGACAUUAUUUGAAGAAAAUGUACGAAAUGUUGCUUGAAGGAUAAUAAGUAUCUAAACACUUUUUGUGUUUGACCGAUGUUUCUUUGACCACUAACAAUAUUUGAGAAUA